AGCAAUGCCCCGAAAAUACCAGAGGCUACCGGGAACUCGUUAAUACAAAAAUUAUUCUGACGCGACGUUGCAAGAAGCUCUUCACAGUAUACGAGCGAAAACACUUAGCAUACGGGAUGCUGCGGAAAGAUACGGAAUUCACCGCAAUACGCUGUUUCACAAACUCCAUAACCGACAUAGCCGUCCUUCUGGUGGACAAACAGCUCUAGAAAAGGAAGAAGAGGAGUCAAUUAUUGCACACGUAAUUGCUAUAUCAACUUUUGGUUUCCCCGUGACAGCCCAUGAUCUGCGAUGUAUUGUGAAGACAUACCUAGAUAAGAGGGGUAAGAAUGUAAAAUGUUUCAAAGAUAAUUUUCCAGGAAAAGAAUGGGUGACAUCAUUUCUGUCUAGACAUAAGAAUAUAUUGGUUAAUCGAGUUGCUACAAACAUAAGCGUUUCAAGGGCUGCAGUAAACCGUGAAACUAUAAAUAGUUUUUUCGAUAAUCUCGAAAGAGAGUUAGAGAAUGUCCCUCCAUCAAAUCUCUGGAAUUAUGAUGAGACGAAUCUUUCUGACGAUCCUGGUGCAUCUAAAGUUAUUAUACGACGAGGCACAAAGUAUCCUGAGCAAAUACGCAACUCAACAAAGGCGUGCACUUCAUUAAUGCUGGCUGGAAAUGCAGCUGGAAAAGUUACACCAGUUUAUGUUGUAUACAAGUCUGAAAAACUGUGGCAAACUUGGAUGGAGAAUGGACCUGAAAAUGCUAGGUACAGCAGAAGCAGAUCCGGCUGGUUUGAUUACCAAUGCUUCGAAGAUUGGUUUGUUAACCUGAUGCUGCCAAUACUUAAAAGACAAGAAGGCAAAAAAGUCCUGCUAGGUGACAAUUUGAGUUCACAUUUGAAUAUCGAAGUGAUUAGACAGUGUGAAAACAACAAUAUAUCCUUUAUAGCAUUGCCUCCACAUGCAACAUACCUUUUGCAACCAUUAGACGUUGCUUUCUUUCGGCCAAUGAAAGGUAGGUGGAGAGCAAUUCUACAUGAAUGGAAAGACAGUAUGAUUGGUAGCAGAUGUGGAACAAUACCAAAAGACCAAUUUCCAGCUUUGUUAAAGAAAUUGAUGGUCUCCAUGAAUGACAGGGGAGCUGUGGGAGAAGAAGAUGCCACCACUGUGGUAGAGAAAGAUGCCGCCGCUGUGGAAGAAGAAGAGGCCACCACUGUAGGAGAGAAAGAUGCCACCGCUGUGGCAAAGGAAGAAGUAGAUAAGCCAAAUAUAGCGGACUACGUCAUUAUCCAAUACGAGAGGUCUAUGUUUCCAGGAGUGGUCACUGGAGUGGAAAAGCAAGGUGUGAAUGUCAGCUCCAUGGAGAAAUGUGGAAGAUUUUGGAAGUGGCCAGACCGGGAAGACUAGCUCAUGUACGAAUUUGCUGAUGUUAUACAAACAAAAAUAAAUGCACCCGUCCAAAUUUCUCGAAGAGCAAUUUUUCAAGUGCCUGAAAUGGACAUUUAUGUGAAUAAAUAGAAUUAUUACCGAUUCAAAAUGAUUUAUUUUACUUCUAUUUUUAAAAUUUGUGUAUAAUAACAUUUGUUUUUAUUAUUAAUAAAGCUUUCU